CUUGACUUCUCUUCCCAAUUCCCAUCCUUUUGCGCCCGACAAUACAAACUUUUGCAAUUUCAGUCGCCUUACGACAGACCGCCACUCCAACCUCUUUCCAGCCCAGCGAAGUUCUCGGUAACCAUUAGCGCCACCCGAUUUCGUCACUCAACACCAAAUCCUUGGAAACAGUUCAAGAUGGCAGCGCAACUCGAAGCAGAGCGCAAGGAGUACGAGACCCAACUCGAACUCGUCGAUACCUCGCUCCAGGAUGAUCCCCAGAAUGAAGAACUUCUCGCCCUCCGGACCGAACUCGUCAACUGCAUCCAACUCCUCGACGACUCUCUCGCCGAACUCAAAAGUGCUUCUGCUGCCGUCCCCGCUCAGAAUCAAGAACCGCUCGCCAUCGGCAUUCCCUCCUCCUCAUCAUCACGAAAACCCUCUGGCCAAAGUGCCGCCGCGCCAGCACCAGCAGCAGAAGAACCACCAAAAUGGUCGCGCGAGAACCACCCCGCCUUCAAGAAGCCGUCCGCCGCCGCCGCCACCACCACUCCGCAACCAGAGAAGGAAGAGGCGCCAGCACAAGUAAACUACCAAGUCAACGACACCGUCAUGGCCCGCUGGCUGUCUGGCGACAAGGGCUUCUACCCCGCCAAGAUCGUUUCUGUUACCGGUUCUUCGACCGCACCCAUCUACACCGUCAAGUUCAAGAGCUACGACACCGUCGAGACGUUGAGAGCAAAGGACAUUAAGCCCAUGGCGGCGUCUUCUUUGUCGUCGUCCACCACUCCUACCCCCGGCGCUUCUGCUGCUGCUGCCGCCGCCUCUUCCUCAUCGACUGGUGGCGCAAGCGCAAGCGCAGGCUUCAAACGCAAAGCCGCAGAUUCCGACAUUUAUCCCAUCCCCUCCUCCAUCCCGGCUUCCUCUGCCGCCGGCGCGGCGGCCAUGGUCAGGAACUCGGAUGGUAUUACCCUUUCCGCUGGACCUGAACUAUACCCUGGUGCGUUGGCGGCGGCGGCGGCAGCAGCGGCGGAAGAAGGAAAGGGGAAGGGGGACUCCAAGUUUGACAAGGACGGGAAACCAAAGUUCAAGAAGAUCAAGGCUAACAAGGAGCUGGAGAAGGGCAAGAACAAGUGGCAGGAGUUUACGGCCAAGGGCAAAUUUGGAAAGGGCGCGACAAAGAAGGAGAGUAUGUUUAGGACGCCCGAGGGGGUGAAUGGGAGGGUCGGUUUCACCGGUUCAGGCCAGGCCAUGCGCAAGGACCCUACGCGGUCUCGCCACAUCUACCAGCCCAACGAAGAUCUGGAUUGAUUUUGAGUCUGGCUAACUUGUGUUUUUUCUUGUGUGUUUUCUCUCUCGUCUUUUUGUUCGGGGAGACAAAUUCCGUUAGUCAUCGAACCAUCCUCUCUCUGUCUAUCCAUCCAUCCAUCCAAUCCGCUGUACAACCCGGACCGCUGUUAUUUAUUCUUAAACCACUUUUCCAUCACGACUCGCGCAUCUACGGACGACACAAGAAGACCUUGAUGAUUCGGCCACGAGUCCGGCAUCCGUUCGAAGGGUCCGCAAGGUUCCAGCUCUCAACAAGACCGCUCCGUUCGACCACAUCAAUCAGCAACGUCAUCAUCAUCAAACAGCAUGGACUCAGGCGUCACGGUUUUCAGACACGCUUGAGUUUGGUUUUCUUUUUUCUUUUCUUUCUCUCCUUUACCUCCCCACCCUCAAAAACUCAAGUCAACUCCUAGAGACUGGGGCUAACGUGGAUAUUUUUAUACAUAAAAGGGAGAAAAAGAAAAAAAAAAAGAAAAAAAAAAAUUGGCAUCUAGUUUGCUUGCUGUUUCCAAACGAAGCAAGGAGCACCAGGCAAGACGCAGAGCAAUCAAAUCAGUGUAGUAAAAAGGAAUCAAAAGGCUGUACGUCCAGUCAUACAUACAUACAUAGUAUACGUGGUAGACCACACUAUCAUCAAAAAUCGAAGUAUGAGUGAAAGUGAGAGACAAUCUUUGCCUAACCACCAUCUCCACAUCCUCUGUUUGUCUUCCG